UCUAUUAUCUAUGGCGCUGAGUUGUCAAAAGAGUUGAACGUAAAAGUCAAUAUUAAGUACAAAAACAAAAUUAAUAAAUAUUGCUACAAUCGUGCAUCUGAAAUUAUAUCAUUUAACCAAAAGAUAUAAUAAGCACUAACCGCAAGCAAGUGAAGAUCCUACCAAAAGUAUCUUGAGUCUCAAACACAUUAUACAUACAUUAGUAAAGAUGAAAGUUAAAAACGCAAAUGGCUUUAACGUAAGCAGUGCUAAUGAAAGUUUUAAUAAUCGUCAGAAAAAUAUCUUCAGUCAAUUGGAUUUGAUAGAAAAGGAGUCAAAGAACUUAUUACAAAAUGCUAUUGAACUAAUGGAUACUAAUGAUAAAAUUGAUCAAAACCUUGUUAAUGAAGAUUUUAAUUACAUUGCUAAGCCUAGACAUUUUAGAGGAAAGGAAAGUAUAUUUAAAAAGCCGCACAGUCCAUUCAAUCAAAGACUUCAGUUUUCAAAAAUCCCAGACUUCAAAAAAAAUCCACAUAAAUGGACAAAAUACACUUUGAGCGAUAUUACUGCUGAGGAUAUGUCUGAAAAAAGCAAUACUUCUGCUGCCAUGUCAUUUUUAGAAGAUAUGGAGAACAGAAAACAAGUUGAAGUUAACGAGGAAAAAUUAUCUGGGGAAAGAAUUAAAUUUAAUAAAUCAAAAUCUCACAAGACCGAUGCUGACACAAAAGAAAGUAAGACAAUAUUUGUAAGUUCCAAGUUAAUUAUGCCAGAAUAUGUAGUGGGGAAAUCGCCAAAACCUACAAGAGGAAAAAAAACAAAACCUGAACAAAGUGGAAAAGAAGUAAAAUUAAGUCAUUUAAAUUUUGAGGAUGAAGUGUUAUAAAUAUGACAGCUUCUGCAGUUUCAGUUUAAAUUAGCUAUAGAUGGCAUUGUACAUAACCAACUCACUAUAAUGAAAUAAAUAAAGUAAUAUAAUAAGACUAAAUAAAUAUAAAUGUACAUACAACAGAAACUUUGAAAUAAGAAAAGUGUAAAAGCAUAUUUUUUCCUGAAACUAUCAUAAUCAUUGUCAACAGAGAAUAUUACUUGUCAAUAUACGUACAAUUUAUUUAA